AUGGCAGACGAAGAGGACACCCCAAAAUACAUUUUGAUCACAGAAAACCGUGAGAAAAAGCAUAUUUCCAGAGAGUAUGCAGGAAAGGGUACUGCUUAUUAUCCCAAUGGUGAUAUCUAUGAGGGAGACUUCUAAGAUGGUAUCCGUGAGGGAAGAGGAAAGUAUUUCUAUGCUAGUAACGGCGAUAAAUAUGAUGGAGAAUGGAAGCAAAACUUCAAGCAUGGUAUUGGUUAAAUGCAAUACAAUGGAAAAGGAGACUACAAUGGAUAUUGGGAGAACGGUAGAAGACAUGGUGAGGGUGUCUUUACCUAUCCGAAUGGAGAUAAAUAUUCAGGCUGGUGGAAGUUUGGAGAUAAAGAGGGAACUGGCACUUACGUCUUUAAGGCCACUGGAAUGAAAUUAUUCGGUCAAUGGAAGCAAGGAAAGAUCGAGAGCGGAAGAUGGACAUAUCCCAAUGGAAUGUACUACGAGGGAGCCUUUGAAAAUAAUAAACCAAGUGGGAAAGGUAGAUGGGUUUAUAAAAAUGGCAAUCAACUUACAGGCCACUAUGAACAAAAGAAGAAGGGAGAAGAAGGAGAGGAUGAGCCAGUUGAAGAAGAACUUGAAGAGGGUGCUGAGCCAAAGCCAAAGUUCUCUCUCAUUUGGCAUUCAGAUACUAACAUCGCCGAAGCAGCACAUAUGGUAAACUCUGUAGAGCAGUGA